AUGUAUCAUCAUCCUCAAGUGGAGGCCUUGCAGGCAAGACAGGGAACGCCGUUGAAUACGAGACCAGUUUCGCCAUACACUCUUAGGUUGCCCGUCGACGAGGAUGGAUUCUCGUGGCCCAGCGUUGGCACGAGAGCCAGGGCUAAGGAGAGUGAGGAGCAGGAGAAGGGGCGUGUGGAGCGGAUUUCAGGGGCGAUUAGGACGAUUUUGGAAGAGUUGGGCGAAGACGUAACCCGGGAAGGCCUGCUUGACACGCCAGAGCGGUACGCUAAGGCAAUGCUUUAUUUCACAAAGGGCUACCAGACGAAUAUCAUGGAUGAUGUGAUCAAGAACGCGGUUUUCCAGGAGGACCACGACGAGAUGGUCAUCGUCCGCGACAUCGAGAUCUACUCUCUGUGUGAGCACCACUUGGUUCCGUUUUUCGGCAAGGUGCACAUAGGCUAUAUUCCAAACAAGAAUGUGCUGGGUCUUAGUAAGCUGGCACGGCUUGCGGAGAUGUAUGCGAGAAGAUUGCAGGUGCAGGAACGAUUGACGAAACAAAUAGCGAUGGCAUUGAGUGAAAUUUUGAAACCACUCGGUGUCGCGGUGGUCAUAGAGGCCACCCAUAUGUGCAUGGUGUCUAGAGGCAUUCAAAAGACAGGCUCUGCCACCGUGACGUCUUGUAUGUUGGGUUGCUUCAGGGCACAUAGAACCAGAGAGGAGUUUUUGAGUCUGUUGGGUAAGAGAAGCCUGUGA